AGUUGCGGUUGCGCCGCGCACGCAUUCGCUACGGGAUCGGAGAGCUUCAAUUCAGCCGCGAGAGCAGCGAUUAGAGGUCGUCUGCAAGGUCACGUGGUUAGAUCGCGCGACGGCGACGACGUAGACGGUUUUUCUCUCUCUCUCUCUCUCUCUCUCUCUCUCUCGCUCUCGUGUGGCGUGCCGGGUGCGCGCGCGACGCCGGUAUUGUUUAGUUGCCCGCGAAAGUCUGAAUGGGAGGAUCGUUUUGAUAAGAGCUGAUAUUCGAGCGACAUGGAGUGAGCGAACUUACGGUUUAUAUAGUGAAUAGCGAUUGAUUAGACUCUGUUCGAUAGUCGUUGGGAAAGAGCUAUUCGAUUACAUUUUUCGAGGGUGAGAAAAGCUGCGACGUGUUGUCUAUAGGUUUUUCAUAACCUCUAAUGGUACUGUAAGGGUUUUUUCUCUCGCCGGCAGCGUUGUGGAAAACAAAACGCGAACGCGUGAAAUUUUGUGUGAAACAUGUCGAAGAAAAGUGGGAAAACCUCGAAGCUGAAGAAUAAAGGGAAUAAGACAGCUACUGUUCCGAAAAUUCUUGAGGACGCGAUAAGGAGAGGAGAAGGAAAGUUCAGCUUCGCGAACGGAGAUUCCUACGAAGGCGAAUACGUUAUUGUUAACGAUAUGGAGAUUUAUCGAGACGGCUACGGCGUUUACAAAACCAGCGACCAGGACGAAUAUCGAGCAGUCUGGGAUAGAGAUCGCGUCGCCUCGAAUCUACGCAUAGUGUACAGCAACGGAGCAGAGUACAACGGCGAUCUCGAUGAAAACGAAGCUAUGAGCGGUGAAGGAAGCUACGUUUUUCCCGACGGCACAGUCCUGAGGGCCAAGUGGCAGGACAACGUCCCCGUCGCCGACUACAGCUAUACCAACGAAUAUAGACUUCCUAUAGAAGAACGGUUCUGGGUUAAAAUGGGGGGACGAAAGCUUGGGUAACAGGCCGUUAGUUCUGUUACCCAACCGCUCGGCGGCGCCACCUAUGAGUUUCCUACAGCUUGGCGCGCAUAUGAGCACGCACAAGCAGACGAUUCAUCAUUCAUGCAGUAUAUUAUGUAAAAUAUACUUUUUAACAAUAAUGAAAGUAAAUAAAUGACAAGAAAAUGAAUAAUGAGUGUGUAAGGAGGUUUUACAAAAGUAUUGGUUGCGACAACCAUAUUUUUCUGACUAGGAAAAAACCGCGAAAACGCAGCUCCUGUCAGUUUCCCGCUCGAUCCUGCUGUGUAAACAGCGCGAAGAGAGCUUUACCGCAGUCUCUGUGUUUGUUGGUCAUUGUAGUCGACAGUUUACAGAUUUUUUUUGCAACAAAUAGCGAUAAAUAAUAGUAGUGAAUAGGGAAGUACAUCGUUCUAGUUUCGUGAGAUUUUUUUGGAUAGGUUUAUCGUGUUUAGCGAAGAAGAUUUCGUGGUCAGCAUGUCGCCUCCACGUGCACUUUGUGUCUACACCGAUUGUGGAACAUCGAAGGCAAAAAAUCCUGAUUUGACCUUUCACAGAUUUCCCAGUGAUGAGAUACGGUAAAUCUGUUUAUCACGAGUGUUAUUAGAGUAAAUAAAUGUGAAAAUUCAGUAAUCAGAGGUUAUAAUAACGUCCGAAAUUCAUGAAAAUCUUUAUACAUUAGUAAAAGUUUCAGAUGUAGAUAAAUUAAAGGAAAAUUGCAGAAAUAAACAAAUAAUUUGAUGAUUAUCAAGGUAAAAAGUCUAUACAAAACAUUUUUAACGAGAAAUUUGGUUUUUUUGUACCAAAAAUAGUGAUGGUUUUGGAUUUCAAUUUUGCAUUUAUUGGUUUUUGGUUUUGAUGAGCAAGUGAUAUUUUAUUUAGAUAUAAUUUAUUCCUUCCUAGGAAGCCUUGUAAUAGUGAUUUUUUGAGUUUGUCUAAAAACGUGUGGGAAGUGUGUUUUGAUGCAUUCUGAGUCGAGAAAUGGUCU